CUGUAGCCUACUGAACACAGAAAGAGUUUGGGAGGAGAGGAACACCGCACGGGAGAUGAGAAUUCAUGAUGAUUAUAUUUCAACCUUAGGAGACUCAUGUAAGAAGAUGUCAAGGUAAAGCGAAAUGGACUAAAAUGCGUUUUGAAAUCAUGAAAGCCGGCAAGGUGAAAUUAUGCGCGUCACUUUGUAUGUGGCUUGGAAUAGUUACCUGGAUAGGAAAUGUUAAGUUGCAUUGUUGGUCCGUUUUUGUCCAACAAGCCACUGAUCGAGGCUCUGGCGUCGUGUUCUCUUUUGCAAACGAGCAGGUAAAUGUUUCUGAAAGACACGCGCCAUGGAACGGAGGGUUGCAAGACGGUAAAAGUUUUCGCAUGCGCUCCCCGUUAGAUAACGUGAUCGAGCACCGGGUCUUCUGGAGCGCGUGGCUGGAAGGUCUCUCCACUCGUGUUUUUGACGUGGAGCACGAGAGGAAGUGGAGAGAUCAGGUUCGGUACGCUCGGGUGGUUGUGCUGGAAGCGGGCUGCGGCAGACCAACAAACCGUCUCGCGACCUUCGCCGACGGCACGAGAGCAUGCGUGCGAUACGGCAUCGACGCGGAUCAAGUGCUGGGCGAAACCCUCUCUUAUUAUCUGGCUGAACUGCUUGGGAUUUCCAACCUUCCGCCCUUGGCGCUUUCCAAACUGAACCUGUCGAGUGAGCAGUGGGCAAGUGUGCGAGAAAAUAUCGAGGCGUUAGAAUGGUCGCCAAAUGCCAUUGUAUCUCUCACUGAGUUCAUCCCAAAUGUCACUGGAGUGUUUAUUCCAUUACAUUUACGAAAACAGCAAGGGGCAGGUCUUCACCUCUCUGCCGAGAUAUCGAACAUGACUUUAACAUAUCUCGUUGAAUUAACGCAGUGGAGUGAUCUAAUCUUAUUUGAUUAUUUAACAGCCAACUUUGAUCGAAUCGUCAGUCACAUUUUCAGUCUCCAAUGGGACGCGCGCGUAAUGGAGAGGACCACUAAUAACCUUCUCAAAACAGUCAGUGGACAUUUGCUUUUUAUUGAUAACGAGGCCGGGCUUAUUCACGGAUACAGGGUGCUUGACCUAUGGGAACGAUAUCACACACUACUGCUAAGUUCGUCGUGUAUAUUUCGGAGAAGUACAGUCCGGCGUAUAUCUGAGAUGAAGCGCUCUGGAAACAGCGCAAAGCUGCUGUGUGAACUGUACCGCGCGAGGGAACCGUUGGCGCGCGAGCUGGGCUCUCUGUCUGAAGAGCACGCGCUUACAUUGCAGAACAGGAUUGUUGCCGUUUACAAACAUAUUAAGCAGUGCACAGAAAUCAUGUAGACAUUUGGGAGCUCAUCUCAAGUUUUUCUAUAGGUGCUACACAUUGAUCUAUGACUAUUCGUUGCUGCCUGUACUGUUA